CAACACAUACACACCAACGGGCAGCUAGCUUCCAGUCGCUGUCUCUUAGCUCUUAGCUCUUAGCUCUCUGGCUGUUGUUGGACUUUAACGAUGCCGAACAACGUGGCGCCGACGCCGGGGCGGAAGGCCUCCGUGGUCCCGAAGGCCACGCCCCCCGGGCCGAAGACCGCCAAAGCCGCCAGUAAGAAGAAGGACGAGGACGAGGGCGUGGACACCGGGGACGACGACUGUUUCUACGGGAGGGCCCUGGCGAGGCCCCCGGAGCAGCUGGAGCUCACCGAGGCGGAGCUGAAAGAGGAAAUCACAAGGAUCCUGACUGCAAACAACCCGCAUGCCCCCCAGAACAUCGUCCGCUACAGCUCCAAGGAGCGCUCCUACACCAGCACCGGCGUUGUGGAUCAGAUGGCGGUCCACUUGGUGCUGGAGGGCAGCCUCCUGCACCAGGACUCUGACGAGGCCCGUCGGCUGCGGGCCGAGGGGGAUCUCCUGAAGGGCGCUGCAGCGCUGGAGCCCGGAGCCGAGCUGGAGGAGGGGAAACCGCAGACCCCGGCCACCGAGGGGGGGGGGGAGGUGGACGAGGAGGACCGGCCGGACAGCGUGGCCUCCAGAGCCGACCCCAAGGAGCCCAGCGUCACCAACCAGUUCAACUUCAGCGAGAGGGCCUCGCAGACCCUCGGCGACGCCCUCCGGCAGAGAAGCUGCCAGACCGAACCUCCUCCGCGCGGCAGCUUCGGGGCCACCGCCAACCAGUGGGAGAUCUACGACGCCUACGUGGAGGAGCUGCACAAGCAGGAGAGGAACAAAGAAAAGCAGAAAGCUUCCAAGAAAGAACAUGAGAAAAGCAAGAAGAAGACGCUGCUGCUGGAAACUCAGUUUCAGAACGAUGACCUCACCAAGAUGGGAGGAGUGGCCAAGAUCCUGGAACGCAUGGUCACUCAGAAUAUGUUUGACGGCAUCGCAAAAGACUUCAAAUACUUUGAGGACGCAUCCGAUGAGUUCCGGGACCAGAAGGGCACCCUCCUCCCCUUGUGGAGGUUCCAGUACGACAAAGCCAGAGGCCUGUCCGUCACCGCCCUCUGCUGGAGUCAGAAGUAUCCGGACCUCUUUGCUGUGGGAAUGGGGUCGUACGCCUCCGGCCAGCAGGGCCGAGGCCUGCUGCUGUUCUACUCGCUGAAGAACUCGGCCUUCCCGGAGUACAUCUACCCCACGGACUCGGGCGUCCUGUGCCUCCACAUCCACCAGCAGCACUCCUACCUGGUGGCGGUGGGCUUCUACGACGGCCGCGUGGCGGUCUACAACCUGAAGGCCGAGGGGCUGGAGCCCGCGUACAGGAGCACGGCGAAGACCGGCAAGCACACGGACCCCGUGUGGCAGGUGAGCUGGCAGAACGACGACAUGGACCAGAACCACAACUUCUACUCAGUGUCCUCUGACGGCCGCGUGGUGUCCUGGACCCUCGUCAAGAACGAGCUGGUCUUCACUGACAUCAUCACCCUGUCCCUACAAGGUGGGGCCUCUGAGGGGCCCGAAGCUGUACAGCCGCCGGGCGUCGCCUGUGGGACGUCGUUUGACUUCCACAAACACGUGGACUACCUCUUCCUCGUUGGUACGGAGGAGGGGAAGAUGCACAAGUGCUCCAAGACCUACUCCAGCCAGGUCCUGGAGACCUACGACGCCCACAGCAUGGCGGUGGACGCCGUCAAGUGGAACCACUUCCACCCCAAGGUCUUCAUCUCCUGCAGCUCGGACUGGACCGUGAAGAUCUGGGACCACACCAUCAGCACGCCCAUGUUCACCUUUGACCUGGAUGCGGCGGUCGGCGAUGUGGCCUGGGCUCCGUACUCCUCCACUGUGUUCGCUGCCGUCACGACGGACGGAACCGUUCAUGUCUUUGACCUCAGCAUCAACAAGUAUGAGGCCAUCUGCCAGCAGCUGGUGGCCAAGAAGAAGACCAAGCUGACCCACGUGGAGUUCAACCCCAUCCACCCCAUCCUCAUCGUGGGGGACGACCGAGGCUCCGUCAGGAGCUUCAAGCUCUCCCCGAACCUGCGCAAGAAGCCCAAGGUCAAGAAGGGUCAGGAGCAGCCGAAGGGUCCAGAAGUGGAAAUAGCCAAGAUGGAGAAGCUCCUGAGUCUGCUGAGGGAACCCGAGCUGGACCCAGCUUAGCGAGGCCCCCCCAGGACCCCCGAGGCCCCCAACACAGCAACAUGGAACAAUCUUUAUACUCCUCCGUUGAAAACAAAUCGAAAACAACUUUUUAAAGUUUCUAUAUCUUUAUUAAAAUCUUUUUUGUCUGAUCUCAA